CUCUCUCGUCAUCUCGUGUUCUCUCGUGUCUUGCUUCGCUUUACUUUGCAGUAACGCUCUCUUCGCCUUCGCUUCUGUGCUUUCUGCUCGCUCGCUCGCGACCUUCGUGUUCCACGGCGGGAUUUGUUUGUAGGCUUCGGGACAUUUUUAAGCUUCGUUUGUGUCUUCGUUUAGUUGACUUAGAGGCCGAUUGUAGUCGUUCUGAGAGCACCUGUUGUCUUUCUCUCGAGGGUUCAAUAGUGCGUAUUUUUACUUCGCUUUGUACGAUUCCUUUUCGCCGCGGGCGGAAUUGCUUGCUAUGUCUCGUUUCCGUGCUAUUUGAACUCGAGUCCUGGUGUUUUUGAGGACUGUGGAGAGGUGCAGUCGGUUGUGAGGUCUUGGUCGCUUACUUUUAUUUUUGCUUAUUUAGUGUUUAUUUGUUUUGUUUGGUUCCUGAGUAUUACGGCGAGUUUUAGUGCCGGGGGUUUCUCUAUUCUGGGGAGGGAGAGGGGGUGGCGAGAGGGGCUUCUGUGCCGUGCGUCUCGGAACGAUCGCGUCCAAGCAUGUUGGUUUUGACGUGCAUGAAAUCAUAGUGUUUGUGCUUGCGUUGUGUGAGUGUCCGUGUUUUUCUUUUUGACUUUUUGUCUUUUUUUUACUCCGGGGAUGUUCAUUGGUGAUGAACCCUUAUGUGAUAGGGGAGAGAGUCUCCCUCCAGGACAACCAAGUCCGUGAAUCGAUUCCCAAGAAACUAUCGAUCGAGUUCUAACUGAACUACCUCGGUAUCUCUAAUGUGUUCCUGCGUCGCGCCUAUUUAUGUUUACCUGGGCAGCCAACUCUCCAGUUUUUUCCAGAGCUGGACGAUCUGGACUGUGUGGAAUAAACGAUUUGAUAUCGAGCGGCCCAAGGGCAUUAAUGGCGUUGAACAUUUACAAAAACAGCUUACACUUAAAUCUAAUGUUACCUUUAAAUACAAAGAGCUUGAAGAAGCAACGGCUGGUUUCAGCAAGAAAUAUCUCAUUGGGGUGGGAGGCUUUGCAAAGGUGUACAAAGCCACUCUGCCGGACUCAAGAGUUGUGGCUGUAAAGAAACUCUAUGGAAGAGGGAAGCAAAGCGAUCGUGAGUUCCGCGCAGAGAUUGAGACAGUGGGCAAUUGCCACCAUCCCAAUCUAGUCCAACUGCUGGGAUACUGCAGGACGAAGGAUGGGAAGCUACUGGUAUAUGAAUACUUCGAAAAUGGGAGUCUCAACAAGUACAUGAGACGCAAUCCAGGCAGCAAGGAAGCACAUUUAGAUUGGAACACUAGACUCAAGAUUGCAGUGGGGGCGGCGGAAGGAUUAGCAUAUCUUCACAAUCGGGACCCUCGGAUCAUCCACCGGGAUGUGAAGGCCAGCAACAUCCUUCUGGACAAGGAUUUUGAGUCCAAGGUGUCCGAUUUUGGUCUGGCCAGGCUUAUUGAUCCGGCCAAGACGCACGUUACCACUUUCAUCGCAGGAACUAAAGCGUACAUUGCUCCUGAAUACCAGAAGAGCCUCAGAUUGACAGUUAAGUGCGAUGUUUACAGCUACGGGAUUGUGCUGCUGGAAUUGCUCACCGGAAAGGACCCGUCCAUGGGUAGGAACUUUGACAUUAUCGCCUGGGUGCAGCGGCGAAUGGGCAGCACCCCAGAUUUCUUUGAUGUGAGAAUGUUGGAUUGCGCUGAUAAGGAUGCUAAUAAAGAAGCCAUGACGAAAGCGCUUUACUUGGCCCUGGACUGCACAAAAACUUCCCCACACCAACGUCCGACGAUGGACGAAGUUGUGGCGCAGUUGAAAAGCCUGCAGGAGCCUGCGAAGCGCUGGGAAGAGGAGGCAGAGUGCAGUGAAUCUUCCAGCCAGCAAGAUGAGCACAGCUCCGUCCUCCCCGUUGUUGAAGAGUCUAGUGGCACAGCAAUUUCUAGUGCUGCCACAUCGGGAGUGGAGGACGAUGUGUUUCCGGGUAAAGCUUUGGACAUUCCCUUUGAGAGGCCAUACAUGGUGAGGGUAGUCUCGACCCCAAUUUUGAGUGGCGCUGUGAAAGGAACGGACGACACUCGCGCGGUUGUGACAAUUGAAGAUAUUUGGUUGGAAAGCCAGCAGCUCACUCUUGGGCUGGAGAAUGGGGACUCACCGUCCCUCUCGCCUGGGGCCAACUCACCGCGCCGUCCGGACAGCGCAGAUUAUAUUCAGAAGGACUACUCGCGGAAUCAGUCAUUCUGAUAAUUCGCUUGAAAGUAAGAGUAUAGUCUGCAGGUAUGGUAAUAAAAAAGGGGAAUCGUUUAGAGAAUGAACUGCACUUGCAGGCUUCACAGUUGAUUGCUACACAGUUGCACUUGGUGGCUGCGUCUAGGAGUUGACACUAGCUUUUGGGCCGAGAGAAAAGUAGAAUGCUCUUGUUUCUUGAGGCAGGGCGAGGGGAAUUUUUUUCUGUUGGCUGUGGCCAGCCUCCAUUAUUGUUUGUAUGAUUAUGUGAAUUUUUACCCUCCUCUCCUUUCCUCUUCUCUUUCUUUCUCUUUCUCUCUCAGGUAAGCGUUUUUCCUGCAGUAAGUACGGACGGUCUCAUGACAGAGAGCCUUUGGAGGGGUCAAAUUCAGUUGGAACGCAUAAAGACUCCCAUGUAUUGGAGUCCACUGUAAUAUUUGUCUCACGCUGGCCGUGCAUAGGAUACGGUUAGCCUCCAAGGGAUCUUGUGCAACUCUUGAGAAUUAUAAAUACAUGACUUGUCACGGAAAAAUACCCUAUUCGUAUUUAUUUGUGGCAGCGUUUGAUCCCUUU